UUUGUCCAAAAUCCCAAAAUUUCAGGCGGUUGCGGUGUAGUAUUCAAGGUCAAAACAAAGAGUGAAAAACAGUACGCGAUGAAAGCUGAAAGCACGGACCUGAGGAAGCGAGAUCAACUUUUACCGUUAGAAGCACAUGUUCUCAAAAAGUUACAGUUCUCUGAAUACGCUGCAACAUUCAUUGCAUUUGAAAAAUGUCAAAUAGAAGAAAGGUCGUUUCACAUUCUUGUCAUGGCACUUCUUGGCAAAUCUAUAAGUGACAUGCAAGACAAACGUCCCAAAUUUAGUUUCACGAUUGGGACUGUCUUACGGAUUGGAUUGCAGGCUUUUAGAGGAAUCGCCUUUCUUCACAGCAUAUAUUACGUGCACCGCGAUAUUAAGCCUGGCAACUUUGCUGUUGACCGAAUAAACCAGAAAAGAGUAUAUCUGAUUGAUUUUGGGUUAUCGCGGUCAUUAAGGAAGAGGGGAACAAGGAGCUUGAGGAGAGCGAGAAUGGAUGUGCCCUUUCGCGGAACGCCUGGCUAUUGCAGCUUAAAUGCUCAUAAACGGGUUGAACUUGGCCGUCAUGACGAUGUUUGGUCACUCAUCUACAUGUUAGUUGACUUGAUUCACGGCUCUCUUCCUUGGUUUGGUCAACAGCCACGCGAAAAAAUUGCUUUGUUGAAGGAACAUUUAAAUGAUAGUGAAUAUAUGCAUUGUUGCCCGAUUGCAUUCAGAUCAAUUUUGGACUAUCUCCGCACUUUAAGUUACGAACAACGACCUGAUUAUGUUGGCCUAGAAUCGACAUUUAUUGAACUGCUUGAAGCACGUGGAGUUACCAGUAAUCUUCCAAUGGAUUGGGAAUCUGAACCUUUGGAAGAAAAAAAGCCGGAGGGGGCCAAAAAACUCGUAAAGGUCAAGUCUUCAGAAACAUUAUAG